AUGUCUUUAGUGACACGGAAAAGUGCACCAGAGAGAGUCAUUGAUGGUACAAGUUACAAUGCUCUUCGUCUCACUACAAAGGGGCCAGACCCCAUAUAUACGGUAAAGUUCAAUCAUGAUGGAAAGCUUAUCGCUUCCGCGGGAAAAGCCCGAAGAAUUGUUCUUUGGAAUACCGAUUCACUAGCAGACGAGAAAUUUGCAGCAGACACACAGAUGGUUCCGAUAAGUUAUGAUUUUUCCUCAGCCAUUAGUAAAUCUGCUAUUACUUGGCUCGCUUGGUCUCAACUCGAUGAUCCUUUAAUGUUCCUAUCAUCAGCAGACAGUACAGCCUCAUUAUUUGAUAUAAACAAGGGAACUAAGAUAAAAACAUUUCAUCACAAUGGUAGCGUGAAUCAACUUGAUAUUUCUAAAAGGGAUGCUCUUAUUACUUGCUCUGAUGAUGCUACUGUGAAAAUAUGGGACAUACGCUCAAAGUUCCCUGUUUCCAUAAUAAAGUCUGGAUAUCCAGUCCUUACGUGUUGUAUUGAUCCAAAUGAGGUUGCUUUGUAUUUUGCCGGAAUAGAUCCUGCUAUUAGUUGCUAUGAUCCAAGGAACACAUCGAAACCUUUAUGGAGAGAAUCAAACCAGUCAAGCAAUAUUACUUCUCUUUCCUUAUCGCCCGGAACAGCCGAUUAUUUGAUAAGUAAGUCGGUUGAUGGAUCCAUAAAGUACUUUGAUUCUAGAACGGUGUUCAAUAAAGGUAAUUCGUCCUCUUCCCAUCGUCGCCGUGCUAAGCCUUACGUUUUUGAUGGAUCGCAGGCAAAUGAGGAUGAUUGGUUGACUCACUCCAAGUUGGUUAAGAAUACAAAUGGAAAUCUAAAAGUCGUCAGUUCUUCCAGUGAUGGUUAUAUAUACAUCUGGGAUUUUGCAAGUCGAAAGUUACUUUCGAGGCUUGGUGGACAUAUAGGUUCAUCAUAUGAUGUGGAUUAUUUUGAAAGCCGUCUGAUCAGCUGCUCUAUUGAUGGAUCUUUAAUCUUACGGGAUUUCUGA